AUGGCUAGCUUAUGGAGAUCAAAGGAAGUUAUGGGUCGAUCUAAGCCUGAUGGUAAGUGCAAGAAACACCCAAAACACAAACAAUCACCAGGUGUUUGCUCCGUUUGUUUAAGUGAAAAGCUUUCUCAACUUUCGACUAGUGCUACUACUUCACGUAGUACCUCUACUAAUACAAUGGAUUACUCCUCUUCUUCUUCAUUGUCAUCCUAUUAUUCUUCCUCUUCAUGUUCUUCCUAUUCGUCUCCAAUGCAUCGUUUUCAAUAUCCCACUCAAGGGAGAGGUUCUUUGCCUGUGUUCUUCAAUAGCAAGAAUAUUUUUCUCACCAGGAGUAGAUCUUUGGCUUUUGUUCCAAGAAGAGGGAAUAAAGAUUGUCAUGAGAAGAAGAAAGGUGGUUUUUGGUCCAAGUUGAUUCGUCUUCCAAAAAAUAAGAAGGUUGAGGAAGGAUUGGUACACUCUAGGACCAUGAGGGAAAGGGUUAUCAUCACUAGCUAG